AUGGGCAAGGAAGUUGUGGCCACCAAGAAGGCCGAGGAGGACUACUCCAUCAAGCCCCAGGCGGUCACGCCUUCGCUUGACACCAGCAACUGGCCUCUGCUGCUCAAGAACUACGACAAGCUUCUUGUUCGCACCGGUCACUUCACCCCGAUCCCCAAUGGCUGCUCGCCUCUGAAGCGCGACAUCAAGUCCUACAUUAGCUCCGGCGUCAUUAACCUGGACAAGCCCUCCAACCCUUCCUCCCACGAAGUCGUUGCCUGGGUUAAGCGUAUCCUGCGAUGCGAAAAGACUGGUCACAGCGGCACCCUUGACCCCAAGGUCACGGGCUGCCUGAUUGUCUGCGUUGACCGCGCCACCCGUCUUGUCAAGUCCCAGCAGGGUGCCGGUAAGGAGUACGUUGCCGUUAUUCGCCUGCACGACAAGCUCCCCGGCGGCCAGGCCCAGUUUGCGCGCGCCCUCGAGACGCUCACGGGUGCCCUCUUCCAGCGCCCGCCCCUGAUUUCGGCCGUCAAGCGCCAGCUGCGUAUCCGAACCAUCCACGAGAGCAAGCUCAUCGAGUUCGACAACGACCGCCACCUGGGCGUCUUCUGGGUCAGCUGCGAGGCCGGUACUUACAUCCGUACCCUGUGCGUGCACCUGGGCCUUCUGCUCGGCGUCGGCGGCCACAUGCAGGAGCUGCGCCGUGUCCGCUCCGGCGCCAUGGACGAGGGCAAGCAGCUCGUCACCCUCCACGACGUGCUCGACGCGCAGUGGACCCACGACAACACCCGUGACGAGUCGUACCUCCGCAAGGUCAUCUCGCCCCUCGAGACGCUCCUCACCUCGUACAAGCGCCUGGUCGUCAAGGACAGCGCCGUCAACGCCGUCUGCUACGGCGCCAAGCUGAUGCUGCCCGGCCUGCUGCGCUACGAGGCCGGCAUCGAGCACCACGAGGAGAUUGUGCUCAUGACCACCAAGGGCGAGGCCAUUGCGCUCGCCUACGCGCAAAUGUCGACGGUCGAGAUGUCGACCUGCGACCACGGCGUCGUCGCCAAGGUCAAGCGCUGCAUCAUGGAGCGCGACCUGUACCCCCGCCGCUGGGGUCUCGGCCCCGUCGCCCAGGAGAAGAAGAAGCUCAAGGCCGACGGCAAGCUGGACAAGUUUGGCCGCCCCAACGAUGCCACCCCCGCCAAGUGGACGUCCGAGUACAAGGACUUUGGCGCCACUGAUGCUACCGCCGCCGCCGCCGCCGCUGCUCCCGCCCCCGUUGCCACGCCCCAAAAGGCCGACAAGAUGGACAUUGCCGAGACGCCAGCCACCGAGGACGGCGACAAGAAGAAGCGCAAGAAGCACGACGGCGAGACCUCUGAGGAGAAGGCGGAGCGCAAGCGCAGAAAGGCCGAGAAGAAGGCUGCCAAGGCGGCCAAGAAGGCCAAGGACGACUCUGACGAGGACAGCGAUUAG